UUUCCAUUUCUUUCAAACUACCAAUGGAUAAAGAACUCGUCCAUGUUCUGCUUGGUUUGUUCUCUACUCUAGCAUCAACUACAGUGUUUGUCAUUUGCUUGAAGCUUAGCAAUGACAGAAACAAGAAGAAACUACCACCAGGCAACAUGGGGUUUCCUUGGAUUGGCGAAACUCUGGAAUUCUACAAAGCGCAAAAAGGAAACCGGUUGUUCGAGGAAUUCAUCCAACCCCGGAUCAGGAAAUAUGGAAAAGUGUUCAAAACACAUCUGAUGGGAUCCCCAACGGUAAUUGUAAGUGGAGCAAAUGCCAACAGAUUCAUUCUGUCCAAUGAGUUCAAGAUGGUGGUAAGCUCAUGGCCUGCGUCGUCGGUUCAGCUCAUGGGAAAGAACUCGAUCAUGGAAAAACAAGGAGAGAGUCAUCGAUGCCUCAGAGGCCUAAUAAGUGCGACAUUCGGGGAUGUGGGGCUUGAAACUUUAGUCCCCAAGGUCUUCAACUCCAUUCUGUCACAUUUAGGCCAAAAAUGGAACGACCGAGAAGAGAUUAGCCUUUACCGUUCAACGAAAGCCAUGACAUUCACAAUUGUGUUAGAGUGCUUGUUGGGGAUCAAUGUUAAGGCAGGAAUGUUGGAGACUUUUGAGAAGAUCUUAGAAGGAGUUUUUGCUCCAGCUAUUCGGUUUCCAGGAUCCAAGUUCUCAAGAGCAACGAAAGCGCGGUUGGAGAUACAUAGAAUGAUUGUUGAAGUUGUGAGGGAGGAGAGGCAGCAAAUGGAAGCUUGUGGAAGGUUGCAAGAAAGAGAGGGAGGAAUGUUGCUGUCCCGUUUGGUUGCAGGGUUGAUUUGGGGGGAGAUCAGCGAAGAAGAAGUUGUCGAUAACAUCGUUUUGCUGGUUUUUGCAGCUCAUGAUACUACUUCUUUUGCCAUUGCCAUGACAUUCAAGAUGUUGUCUCAGCAUCCAAACUGCCAUGCCCUCUUACUUCAAGAACACGUUGAUCUAAUGAGGGACAAAAGACCGGGCGAGAUUCUGACACUGGAUGACGUAAAGAAAAUGAAGUAUACCUGGCAAGUUACUCGUGAAAGCAUGAGACUCUUCCCUCCAAUCUUUGGUUCUUUCAGGAAAGCGAUUGUUGACAUUGAAUUCGAAGGAUUCACCAUCCCCAAAGGAUGGAAGGUACUGUGGACAACAUACGGAACACAUUACAGUGCAGAUUAUUUUCAAGAUCCUUUGAGUUUCAAUCCUAGUCGGUUCGAGGAGCCCUUCCCGCCUUACGUUUUUCUUCCGUUUGGGGGAGGGCCAAGAGUUUGUGCAGGCUAUCAACUGGCUAAGUUAACAACGCUCAUUUUUGUGCAUCUUGUUGUUACACGUUAUGACUGGUCUUUGCUCUAUCCUGAUGAGAAAAUCACCAUGGACCCCCUUCCAUUUCCCUCUCAUGGAAUGCCCAUCAAAAUUUCCCCAAAGAUGUGAUGAAGUUAACAACCAAAAAUGGAAGUCAUAAAAUGAUAGACCUUACUUUCAGUGCAUAUUAUUACCUUUUCUUCUUUCUUUUCAUAAAUCAACUAGCUCUACAAGUUGGCAGCAUCAAGACUGUGUAGCCGCCACUUGAUGCUAGAAUUCUUUUUUGAUCUUUAACUCAAU